AUGGCAGAGGUGGAGGAGACACUGAAGCGAUUUCAGAGCCAGAAGGGAGUACAGGGCAUCAUCAUGGUGAACACAGAAGGCAUUCCAAUCAAGAGCACCAUGGACCAUCCCACCACUACACAGUAUGCCAACCUCAGGCACAGCUUCAUCUUGAAUGCCCGGAGCACUGUACAUGAAAUUGACCCCCAGAAUGAUCUCACCUUCCUUCGAAUUCGCUCCAAGGAAAAUGAAAUUAUGGUUGUACCAGAUAAAGCCUAUUUCCUGAUUGUGAUUCAGAAUCCAACUGAAUAA